UAUUCUGUCGGAACGUCCUUCUUUCCUUUUCUUUUAUCUCCUCCUUUUUCUUCAAAAGUUCUCCCAAGAGUGGGAGGGAGAUAGCUUAGAGGCGAAGCAAUCUGAGUGAUUGCAUCUCCCACCCAAACGUUCAUAUCUCAAUCAAUCCAAUCGAAAGCCAGGGUGAAGGAAGAAGGAGAAGAAGCAGAGGAAGAGGAAGAAGAAGCGGAAGAGGCAGAUAUGGGAGUGCUGUCCAACAAGAUCGAGAGGGACCAACUCAAGCCUGGGGAUCACAUCUACUCUUGGCGUUACUAUUGCCUCUACACCCACCACGGAAUAUACGUUGGUGAAGGGAAGGUUAUUCACUUCACUCGAGGGGCAGGACACGAAAUCGGCAGGGGGACUGUCUUAGACCGCAUCAUUUCGAGCUCAUCUCCCUCUCCUCCUGUCGGUAAAAAAUGCCAGAUAUGUGGAGAUCAGCCGAGACUUGAUGGUGUCAUCUCUUCCUGCAUCGACUGCUUCCUUUCAGGUGGAAACCUCUACCUCUUUGAGUACGGCGUGUCCCCUUUUUUCUUUCUUGCUAGCGCUCGAGGAGGGACUUGCACCCUUGCAAAAUCCGACCCCCCUGAAGAUGUGCUUCACCGUGCCUUUUACCUCCUCCAGAAUGGCUUUGGAGGCUACAAUCUUUUCAAGAACAACUGUGAGGACUUUGCUGUCUACUGUAGAACGGGUCUGCUUGUGGUGACAGCAAUUAGCGUAGGCCGAAGUGGGCAAUCAGCAGCUUUUCAGGCUGCUACACGUGCUGUCGUGUUCUAUCCACUUACAUUCUUGACGACCAGUCUGAUAGCUGUGAAUUAUGGCAGGUAUUGCGCCAGUCGUUUGUACUCUGACAUCGGGGUUCGCCGUGAUGUGGUUAAAGUACCCGUCGAAAGACUUGUGGAUCAAUCUGAUUGAUGUGAUCCCCAAGCUGCUGUGGAUAGUCCUACUCCCAGUUGUACUGUCGCUGCCAAGAGUGACUAAAGACUGCACGCUGCAAUUUGCCGGCACUCUCCACCAGAACUUUGCCGACAUUGGCGAUAAAAACACUGCAAAAUGUACGCUUUAACUCUUUGUUGGAUGUUACUUCUGCAAACUAUAGCCGGUAGAAAUUCUAAAUACUCUUCAAACUGCAGCUUUGUGGGAUUUGCCAUCAGAGGUCCUUGAAAUGUUUGGGUGUAGUCUUGUUUCUUGUUGUGCAAACGAACUGAUCAGAUUUGCUUUCAACAGGAUAUUACCUGUCGAUCGGCACCAUCUCUGUAUAGAAGUAAAGUCUCAAGAGAGUUUUUCUACUUAGGGGUGGGCAACUGAACCGGGUGCACCCGAGAACCGGACCGACCCACCUGGAAAAAGGGUCCGAGAACGGGUUUCCCUAGAAACCGGUUCCCAAAAUUCGGAACCAGUUUGAACUGGAGUGAAUACCCACCUGGAAACCGAAUCAACCGGACUGGUUUGGGAACCGGUUUUGUAAGCCCAAAAAUCCAAAAUCCUAUCUUUUUUUCCCUUGAUUUCUAAUCUUAGAAUGUGUUUUUCCUCUCGCACCGUCCAUCGCCGCCUCACAAUCGCACCAUCCAUUGCUGGUUCAUGGUCGCACCGUCCAUCACAUAAGAUUUUUACUUUGCCUUUUGUUUAUGAUAAUUAGCCUUGUGGAUCCUUAGUUUCAUUUAGUCAAAAAGUUCAUGUGCCUAUUGA